AUGCCGCCCACGCGAGAGGAAACCAUCUGUAGCGUCUCGGCUCUUGCCACGCAAUUAGGCAACCAGAUCUCUGUGCACAUGCUCAAUUACCUCAGCACUACUAAAGACCUUCCCGACGGAUUUCGCGAUCUUUCGCAUACCUUUCUCGACACCUGUCGCAUGCUAUGGGCUAUCGAAGCCGGAGUGACCGAACUAGCCGGCGCCAAUCGCGCCCUACCCGAUGUUAUAAUUGAGGAGGUGGAAAAGAAAUUCGUCUCCACCUACCGCGACUUCCAACAACUUGAUAAGGUCAUUUUGAAGCUUGUUCAGUAUGAACAUCGCGGGACACUUGGAAAACUUCAGCGAGGAUGGAAUCGGCCAGGCCAUGACCUCAAUCGCAUUCAUGAGUCGUUGAAGAAGACCACCGAAACUCUCCAAAUUAGUGGUAUGGCAUUUCACUGGUCGCUCGCAGACGCGCACCCGGAGGAGUCUGUGGGCAUUGGAUACGCUGGCCUAGCGGCCGCGCUCGACCGUGUAUCCAAAGGCCGCUCUGUGAUGGGUAUAAACAAGGUCAAGUCUUUCGAACCUGAGCGAUCUUCAUCGAUGCAGAGUCAGUCGCCUGAUUCACCGCGGUCGACGCCGUCUGUGCCCCCGAAGGAAUCAUUUUCUGCAUCCCGACUCAACCAAUCCAUUCGCCAAGAACCAGAAAUCAUACCGGAUGACAUGUCCUCCAUUCUGUCCUUGAACGGUUUCCUGAACCCCCAGUCUCGUGAGACCGAGAAAAUACCCUAUUUCGACCACCGGGCACUGCCGCGCCGGCCGGCCAAAACAGAAACAUCAGCUUCUGCCGAGGAGAUCAGCCUCCGCAAUGACAGCUAUUCGGAUCACGAUGCCGCCAGCGCCAGGCCAGCGCGGAGUCUGUUGGGACACGGCAUCAAUCUGAAUGAAGAGACGCGUGAUGGCACGACGUUACUUAUCGAAGCGAUUCGCAAGCGCGCACCGCAGCAGGCUAUCGAAACCUUGCUCAAUUCCGGUUGCGACCCCAAUCGCAAAGACGACCAUGGCAAGACCGCACUAUGCGAAGCUGUACAAAGUGAUCAGCCAUCUAUAGUGACAGCCUUAUUAAAUAAGGACGCUAAUCCAAACCUGCCAGGACCUGAGCACGUCCUCUGGUCCGCUGUCCACCGCCCAGGCUGCUUGCGCAUCCUGCUCGCGUGGGGUGCCGAUGUCAAAAAGACUCCUGGUCUUAUGGAGCAAGCGACAAGUGUCAACAAUAUCGAUGCUGUGCGCGUCCUGCUGCAGGCGGGUAUGGACCCGAAUUCCAAGAAAGAUGGAAUAUACACACCACUUUGCUCCGCCAUCCGUGAUGACCGCCCAGAUAUCCUCACCUUGCUUCUCCAUCACGGUGCUGACCCUAAUGUGAUGGCAUCUGAGUGGCCAGCUUGGAAGUGUAUCACCCACAGACGUCUUCAUUUCCUCCCAGACUUGGUGGCAGCUGGCGCAGAUCUCCGCAAACCACCAGGUAUUGUCGAGUCCGCCGUGGAGGAAAACAAUCCGGAGGCUCUCCAUUGGCUUGUGAGCCAAGGAGGCGCCAAUCCAAACGACCGUAAUGAGGAGGGCCACACAGCCAUCACAACUGCCAUCCGGAAGAAUCGUCCAGAAAUGCUGGAAUGGCUAUUGGCAAAUGGUGCCGAUCCCAACCUACGCGGCAAGGACUGGCCCAUAUAUAUGGCGGCUCAAUCGCCGACCAUGCUACGCCUUAUUUUGCCCAAGAUAACCGGCCUCUCCGCACACAAGGGUGUCAUGGAGAAAGCGGUACAGGCAAACCAACUUGAAAACGUCAAACUACUCGUCGCAGCCGGCGCCAGCGUAGAGUGGAAAAACGGCGGCGUGUUCUCGCCACUGACAACAGCACUGCGCGAAUGCCACUGGGGUAUUGUGCGCUAUCUUCUGAACGAGGCUGGUGCCGACCCCAAUGCUCCUGGGGAGCAUUUGCCACUCGUCAAGGCGAUCCGGAGAUGUGACGAUGGUGACUUCACUAUGAUUGAGUUCCUUCUCGAAAGGGGCGCUGAUCCUAAUAAAUGCUACCGCGACUGGAACGCGAUCAUGCAGGCCAUUGAAGACCGCAAUCUUCGGUUGUUGCACCUUUUGAUUGAGAAGGGUGGCCAGAUUGAUCUUACUCAGAAAGAUGAGACUGGUACGACGGUUUUGGAUAUGGCGAAUUCUUCUGGCUGGCUGGAAGGAACCGAACUUAUUUUGAAGAAUGCUCGUCAGCCAUGA